AUGGCCAUGGUCGUGAACCCUUGGCAGGAGGAGAUCCCCGGGGGCCCGCCAGGCGCCCAGCCCCCUCCGGGCCUGCCGUGCGCUCCGGAGCCGGGGGUGGCCCCUCCGCCGCCGGGCCCCCCGAAGGGCGCGGGGGCCCCGGGCCCGGCGGAGGCGGGGGAGAAGGGGGGCGCCCCGCCGAGCGUGGACUGCAUGGUGUGCGGGGACAAGUCCAGCGGGAAGCACUACGGGCAGUUCACCUGCGAGGGCUGCAAGAGCUUCUUCAAGCGCUCGGUGCGCCGCAACCUGAGCUACACCUGCCGCAGCAACCGGGAGUGCCCCAUCGACCAGCACCACCGCAACCAGUGCCAGUACUGCCGCCUCAAGAAGUGCCUCAAGGUCGGCAUGCGCCGGGAAGUCUCUUCUCUCCCACUCACCGCAGCUGUGCAACGGGGACGCAUGGCCCACACGCAGACCAGCCCGGGCCAGUACCUGCUGAACAACGGAGACCCGUACAAUGGCCACUCCUACCUGACCGGCUUCAUCUCCCUGCUGCUGCGGGCCGAGCCCUAUCCAACCUCCCGCUACGGGGCCCAGUGCCUGCAGUCCAACAUCAUGGGCAUCGAGAACAUCUGUGAGCUGGCUGCCCGCCUGCUCUUCAGCGCCAUCGAGUGGGCCAAGAACAUCCCCUUCUUCCCCGACUUCCAGCUCUCCGACCAGGUGUCCCUGCUGCGCAUGGCCUGGAGCGAGCUCUUCGUGCUCAACGCCGCCCAGUGCUCCAUGCCGCUGCAUGUGGCCCCGCUGCUGGCGGCCGCCGGCCUCCACGCCUCGCCCAUGUCGGCUGACCGGGUGGUGGCCUUCAUGGACCACAUCCGGGUCUUCCAGGAGCAGGUGGAGAAGCUCAAGGCCCUGCACGUCGACUCGGCGGAGUACUCCUGCCUCAAGGCCAUCGCUCUUUUCACGCCAGACGCAGUGGGCCUCUCGGAUCUGGGCCCCGUGGAGAGCAUCCAGGAAAAGUCGCAGUGCGCCCUGGAGGAGUACGUCCGGAACCAGUACCCCAACCAGCCCAGCCGCUUCGGCCGGCUGCUGCUCCGCAUGCCCUCCCUGCGCAUCGUCUCCGCGCCCGUCAUCGAGCAGCUCUUCUUCGUCCGCCUGGUGGGCAAGACGCCCAUCGAGACCUUAAUCCGGGACAUGCUGCUGUCGGGAUCUAGCUUCAACUGGCCCUACAUCCCCAUGCAGUGA